GUUUUGUGGACUGCUGUGCAGAAUGAAGUUUGCAGCUCUCCUGCUUUUGGGAAUUAUGAUGUCAAGAGCACAAGGUAGAUGUAACCUUAUCAGCUUCUUGUGGGACAUUAACGACGUCUGUCACAUGAGACUACUGAGAUAUUACGUCACCUUCGACGGUGUUCUGACACGGCAAGACAUCCACAACACCCUCAACGCCGUGUGCAGUGAGGUGACCGAGGAGCGACUUCUGUGUGCAUCCCAGUGGACGUCGGCCUGUGACAACCGAGACACCCUCCUCAGCUAUGCUGCUGUCAACGGCAUCUGUACCGACGACCACCCCUCCCAGUAUGCUCAGCAGCUUCUGACGUCGAUCCCUCCCCGUGUGAACGCUACCUGUAUGUGGGGAAGAGUGGCUGCAGCCAUUGGGGCCUGUGUCGAACUGAUAGCGUGGAGAGCAGCCUUUGGCUACAACCGUUCCAUGACGGAGGCUGACAUUUUUCAGCAUCACCAGACUCAGAUGAACAAUGGCCUGUUGUGUAUGUACUCGAGCGGGGAGAGCAUAAUGGCCCGGUGUGUGGGAGGGGAGGAAGUAGAGGAAGUGGAGGGGUUGAAAGCUGCCUAUUUGUUGGCUCUCCUCGCAUAUGCUCCCCCAGGAUUCAUCUAUAACAUCACCUACGUAACCGAUGUCACUGACAGACAUUAGACAUCACCUAC